AGAACCGCACAACUUUGCGCGUGUACUCGCAGCAUACGAUACGAAGUACGAACAAAGCAAAAAAGGUAAUAUAUAUGCAUGCAUCUAUAUAUAUUUAUUAACCCAUUUCAUUAGCUUCGCACCUUUCCAGAGCAGUCCCGCUUUCUUCCACCUCUGUGCAACUUGAGUCAUGUCCGCCCUCAACAUCACGUGUGCGGGUGCGGUGUACCACGGCUGCACCACGCUGGAAGUGAUGAAGUAUCGCUGCCCGCAGUGGCAACCGGGUAAUGACAUGCCCAUCAACGACGCUCCCGAGGAGGCGGCGGAAGAGGAAACCGAAGCGGCAGACCAGAGCGACGGCGAGGCUCCGGCAUCGGACGAGUCUAGCGACGGCGAGGCUCCGGCAUCGGACGAGUCUAGCGACGGCGAGGCUCCGGCAUCGGACGAGUCUAGCGAAGACGACUAG